AUGCUCUUCAGAAGAUUAUUGACGAGCACUGCUGGCAGGCUUGCAGUGAGGUCGCGUUUAUCCUUCCCACAGUCGUCACUGGGGCAAUUUCGCGGCUUGAUCACAGGUAGAACUAAUGCUAUACCAGUAUGCAGAGGAUAUCUGGGUCAAAGUUAUUUCAAAAGGCGUUUCAGUGUCUCUGGAUUAUUGAGACAGGCAGCUGCUGUAUCAAACCCUCCUAAAACGCUGUUAAACUCUUCCAAAUGGGUCGGCUAUUGGUUGAUUGGGACGUCGGGCCUUGUGUUUGGUAUCGUGGUGCUGGGAGGACUCACUAGAUUGACGGAGUCGGGGCUAAGUAUUACAGAAUGGAGACCUGUUACGGGAACUCUACCCCCAAUGAACCAAAAAGAGUGGGAGGAAGAGUUCGAAAAGUACAAACAGUCACCAGAGUUCAAACAGCUGAAUUCUCACAUUGAUCUAGAUGAAUUUAAGUUUAUCUUCUUUAUGGAGUGGAUUCACAGACUUUGGGGUCGUGCCAUUGGCGCAGUCUUCCUUUUCCCUGCUAUUUAUUUUGCAGCCACUAGACAGACGUCUUCGCGUGUUAAUAGGAGAUUAUUUGGACUGUUGGCGGUCUUGGGCUUCCAGGGGUUCAUAGGCUGGUGGAUGGUGAAGUCGGGGUUGGACCAAGAACAGCUAGAGGCCAGAAAAUCAAAGCCAACUGUUUCUCAGUACCGACUAACAACUCACCUUGGUACGGCAUUUGUGUUGUACCUUGGCAUGAUUUGGACAGGUUUUGAAAUUUUGAAAGAGCGCAAAUGGGUUAAAGAUCCAGCGAAGGCUCUUGAAGCUUUCAAACUACUCGAUAACAGCGCCCUUCGCCCACUGAGAAAGCUUUCUUUGGGCAUGUUGGCGCUAACUUUCCUCACUGCAAUGUCCGGUGGUAUGGUUGCCGGGCUCGAUGCUGGUUGGAUAUACAACACUUUUCCUAAGAUGGGCGAAACAUGGUUCCCAAGCUCAAGAGAGCUGAUGGACCCCCAUUUCGCUCGGAAGGAGGACAAGAGCGAUCUAUGGUGGAGAAACAUGCUAGAAAACCCAACAACAGUUCAGCUCAAUCAUAGAAUCUUGGGUAUUACCACAUUCUUUUCUGUCUUGGCCCUGCAUUCAUACUGCAGCAGAAGAAAAGCCAUAGUUCCGAAGGCGGCCGACCGAACGGUGAAACUCAUGAUGGGUCUUGUUACCGCCCAAGUCGGACUUGGUAUCGCCACUUUGAUCUACCUGGUUCCUAUCUCGCUAGCUUCGAUCCAUCAAGCCGGUGCAUUGGCGUUGUUCACCAGUGCCAUUGUCUUUGCAGCUCAGCUGAGAAAACCUAGAGUACCAAUGAAGAUACUGGUCGGUGGUUUACAUGUCCAGCAAUCCAAGCAAGCAGGAAGCAAGAUCUUAUCUGAGGUUUCUAAGCUCGCUAAAUAA